UCACCCCCACCCAGGCGGCAGGCGCUUCCGGCGGCGGCGGCCAUGGACUCCCGGAUGUCGCCCGGUCCUACGAACUCCGCCAUGGCGGCCGAGUUCCGGCGCCUAGGCCUUGACCCGGACGAUGCAGAGGGUCUCUACCGGCGGGCGGCGGCGUCGUUUGUUGACAUCCUAGGGACGCUCGGCCCAGUAAUGGCGGUGGUGACCGACUUCCUGAACAACCACCUGAAUGAUUCGGCAUCGCUCCUUUCCCGCUUGUUUUUCCCGCCCAACUACGACUUCCCCACCCCUCCCGCCUCCCCCGCCGCCCGCCUCUUCGCCCUCCCUCCCGACGACGCCGUCGACCGCGUCAGCCGCCUCCCCGACGCGCUCCUCGCCGACAUCGUCUCCCGCCUCCCCGUCAAGGACGCCGCGCGCACUGCCGCGCUCUCCCGCCGCUGGCGUGGGGUCUGGCGCUCCGCCCCGCUCGUCCUCGUCGAUGCCGACCUCUUCCCCGCCGCCUCCGCCGUGUCCACCGUCCUCGCCACGCAUCCGGGGCCAGUCAGCUGCGCCCACCUCACCAGCAGCUACACGGUGGAGUUCCAUGACCUGCUCCCGUGCUGGCUCCAGCUCCUCGCCGACAAGGCCAUCCAGGAUCUCGUCCUCGUCAACCGCCGCUGGCCGCUCGACUCCGCUCUCCCCGCCACCUUCUUAGCCAUGGCCACACUCACCCGCCUCUACCUCGGCCUCUGGAAGUUCCCCUCCACUGUCGGCCUCCCGCGCAAAACCUGUUUCCCUAACCUCCGUGAGCUCGAGCUCUGCAACGUCAUCAUGGGGAGCAGGGAUCUGGACUUCAUCCUCGACAGGAGCCCCGUGUUGGAGAUGCUCUCUAUCCACGGCAAUCUGGUAAAGUUUCGCCUCCGCCUUGUCAGCCAAAGCAUUCGGAAAGUGGCUCUCACUGGGUCCUUCGUUGAAGAAAUCUUCGUCGUAGACGCCCCCUGCCUUGACCUGCUCAUCCAUUCCGAAGUUUGGAUCCCGGGCGGCAGUUGCUCCAAGAUCAAGAUCGGCCAUGCCCCCAACCUGCGCUAUUUGGGAUUUUUGCAUCCAAGAAAUCACGUCCUAGAGUUCAGCAACACCAUUAUCAAGGCUAGGACAAGAGUGAGCCCCAGCACCAUGGUACCAAGCGUGACAGUCCUCGCUAUGCAUGUCCGUUUCGGAGUCCGCAAUGAUCUCAAGAUGAUGCCCAGUUUCCUCAGAUGCUUCCCGAAUGUUGACGACCUCCGCAUCCGGUCUAUGAAAACUGAUCAAUCCGCUGGCAAGCUCAACCUGAAAUUCUGGCACGAGUCUGGUACCAUAGAAUGCAUCCAGUCACACAUCAGGCGGCUCGAUUUCCAUGAUUUCCGAGGAGGUCAAAGCGAGCUAGCAUUCCUCAAAUUUUUCUUUGAGAGCGCAUUGGUGCUAGAGGAGGCGGUGAUUCAUUUGGAUGCUGGUUUCACUUCGAUGGAAGAGAUAGAUUCUAAACUGGAGAUUCUGGGGUCCAUGAAACGGGCCAGUGAGGCCUCCUUGGUUGUGGCCACUGGUUGUUCUGGUCCUCAAGGAGGUUACACUCGGAGCUUCAAGAGAGGUUCCGAUUUCUCUGUCCGUGAUCCUUUUGCUCACUACUCUGAUGCUCCAGUAUGCACAUGCAAGACACCACUCGAGAUAUGUAUUCUGUGUUUGAAGAUUCCUUCUUCCUCUGGUUCUGCUAUUAUGAUUAGCUAAAGUGUACUGUUGUUGGUAUACAUGACUACCAUUCUGUCGCAGUUAUGUUUUUUUAUUUGCAAUUAUGGAUCCACUGUAUUUGUGUUUAAUGUGGUUUCAUUAGCUAGCUGCAAGCUUAUGACAAUGGUGUUACAUUGCAUGUUAUCACGCUAAACAAGUGAUGCUGGUGAGAAUUAGUGAUGAGAUUAGGUAAUUGAUGUUCUGUUUA